UCGCAAAAAAAAAAUCAUUCACUGUCAGAAAAAAACAAUGUCACCGAAAUCGUUGAAAAUAUUGUUCAAGCCUGCUGAAGGCAUGGGCCAUAUUAAUGCUGCUAUUGGCCUUGCUCAAGCACUUGCAAACCGUGGUCAUCAGGUGUUUUUUUUCACCUUACCCAUAGAAGUUGGCACAUUUAAGAAGUUUGGUAUAAAUGAAAUUCAUCUCCAAUUAACAAAUGAAGAAAAAAAGGAUUUGAUUGAAAAAAAUGAUGCUGACAAUGAUCAUCCAAUGAAAUCGGCUCAAGAAACUUUGGAACGUAUGCAGGAAGCUGGCAUCUUUUCACAUCGGUCAUCCAUUGAAAAACUGGAUUCAUAUCGAUCAAUGAUGGAUGUUCGUGUUCCAAAUUCGAUCGGUUAUCGGAAACAUUUACAAAUUAAAGAAUUAUUUCCCCAAAUGGUAGCGGCUAUAGACGAACUAAAACCAGAUUUGAUUAUAGCCGACUUAUGUCAUUUUAGUUUGGCGCCAUGCAUUGCUUAUGGAAAAAUUCCUUGGAUCUUUUUGUACAGUGAAAAUUCAUUGUCAUUGUUUGAUUCGCCAAAAGUUCCGCCACCAUUGUCGGGUUAUCCUACAUAUGAUCAAACUGGAUGGAAAGAGUUUCGCGAUAAAUUCGAAAAAGUUUACUGUGAAAGUCAUCGUUAUGCUCAAAAUUUGAUCAACAAAGAGUUUGGCUAUCCAGAAGUGGACGAGAAAAUGUUUUUAUUAACAUCACCUUAUUUAAACAUAUAUGGCUGUCCAGAAGAAUUAGAUUUUACCGAUUUAGCUAAACUACCGGAUAAUUAUGUUCGUAUUGAAACUUAUUGCCGGCAAACUUCAGAAAAAUUCGAACUUCCAACAGAAUUCAAAACGAAAAUUAAGCCUGGAGAUAAACUUAUAUAUUUAUCACUUGGUUCAAUGGGCGGAUUUGAUGUUGAAUUGAUGAAAAAAUUGAUAAAAAUACUUGGAAAAACACCCCAUAAAUAUAUUGUUUCAAAAGGUAUCUUUCAUGAACAAUAUCAAUUGGCUGAUAAUAUGUGGGGUGGACCAUAUGUUCCUCAAACCGAAAUCUUACCGAUUGUCGAUUUGGUCAUAACACAUGGUGGCAACAAUACAGUGGCCGAAACAUUGUCAUUUGGAAAACCAAUGAUAGUAAUGCCAUUAUUUGUGGAUCAAUUCGAUAAUGCACAACGUAUCACCGAAAAAGGAUAUGGAUAUCGUAUCGAUACCUAUGGAUUCAAGGAUGAAGAACUAAUUGAAAUGAUUGAUCGAAUAUUCAAGGAUCCACAAAUAAAGGAAAGAUGUGAGAAAGCAUGUGAACGAAUCAAGAAUUCAAAUUCCAAAGAUAAAGCUUGUGAAAGAAUUGAGGAAUUAGCCGAAAAAUUAUCAAAAACUAAAUAAUCUAUGAUGUCAAUGGAUUUCUGUCAAUUUUGUUAUGAAUAUUUAGUUAAUAAUUAACAAUAUAUAACAAUCAGAUACUUCCGCUAUACAUUUAUAAUGUUCUCACAUAAUAAAAUAUAAUUGUUUUGCUGGUUUA